AUCUUCGAACAGGGCACCGACGAAGUUCAAUCAGCUUUCAAAUUUGCCAUGCUCAACCACAACCAGAAUACCACAACUCGGAAGUUUGAGCUGCAGGCUUUCGUAGACGUAAUUAAUACUGCGGAUGCCUACAAGCUAUCCCGUCUCAUCUGCAGUCAAUUCAGCCGAGGGGUGUACUCUAUGUUGGGCGCGGUGAGCCCGGACUCGUUCGACACCCUUCAUUCUUACAGCAACACGUUCCAGAUGCCUUUUGUGACGCCCUGGUUUCCCGAGAAGGUUCUCACGCCGUCCUCCGGUCUCUUGGAUUUCGCCAUAAGCAUGCGUCCGGAUUAUCAUCGCGCCAUCAUCGACACCGUGCGAUACUACGGCUGGAAGAAAAUCAUCUACCUCUACGACUCCCACGACGGUCUGCUCAGGCUGCAGCAGAUCUAUCAAGGCCUGAAGCCAGGUAACGAGUCGUUUCAAGUGGAGACAGUCAAGCGUAUACAAAACAUGUCCGAGGCGAUCGAUUUUUUGCGCAGUUUGGAGGAAUUAAACAGAUGGAGUAAUAAAUAUGUCGUACUGGAUUGUCCGACGGAUAUGGCGAAGGAUAUUGUAGUGAGUCACGUCAGGGACGUGGCACUUGGAAAAAGAACGUAUCACUACUUAUUGAGUGGAUUGAUAAUGGACGACCGAUGGGAGAGCGAGGUGAUCGAGUACGGCGCCAUCAACAUCACCGGUUUCCGCAUCGUGGACGCCACUCGACCCUACGUCAAAGAUUUCCUGGCAGGCUGGCAUCACCUCGACCCGGCCACGUCUCAAGGAGCCGGCCGCGAAUCGAUUUCUGCACAAGCUGCGCUGAUGUACGAUGCCGUGUUUGUCCUCGUCGAGGCGUUCAACAAGUUUCUGAGGAAAAAAACGGACAGAAGCAACGUAAGAAGAACCGGAGUUCCUGGCAGCAGUCAGAUUACCAAUGGCACCAGGGCACUCGAUUGCAACAGCAGCCGGGGUUGGGUGACAGCGUUCGAAUACGGCGACAGAAUUUCCAAGUUACUUAGAAAAGUGGAAAUCGAGGGGCUAACGGGGGAGAUCCGCUUCAACGAUGACGGUCGCAGGCACAAUUACACCCUUCACGUCGUCGAGAUGACGGUCAACAGCGCCAUGGUGAAAGUGGCGGAAUGGACGGACCAGUCUGGAUUCCAGACCAUCGCAGCGAAAUAUAUUCGACUCCGGCCGCACGAAAUCGAGAAGAAUAAGACUUAUAUCGUAACCACCAUCGUGGAGGAACCGUACAUUAUGAGGAAAAAACCAGAGAAUGGAGAAAUAUUGACUGGAAAUGACCAGUACGAGGGAUACUGCAAAGACCUGGCUGAUCUCAUAGCGAAAAAGCUGGGAAUAACGUACGAGUUACGAAUAGUAAAAGAUGGGAAAUACGGAAUGGAAAAUCCAGACGUGCCCGGUGGUUGGGAUGGCAUGGUUGGCGAAUUGAUUCGUAAAUUAAGACUGGACGUUUUGAACAGAUUCUCGCCCUAUGAAUGGAGAGUGCUGACUCUCAGCAGUAGUGCGGACUCGACAAUGGCAGGGAGAAAUGAUCCCACGUUGCAACACCCCCAUGGAUCGCAAGGAUCUCCUCACAUGCCGACUUCCAGCAUGGCAAACGAUUUCAGUAUUAUCAACAGCCUUUGGUUCGCUUUAGCAGCAUUCAUGCAACAGGGUUGCGACAUAUCACCCAGCCUAGCAUUGGCCGUCGCGUUACUAGAAUUCUGCUACAAAUCCCAUACAGAAGCGACAAGAGCGAAGAUACCGUUGUCGGACGCGAUGAAAGCGAAAGCCCGACUGACGAUCGGUGGCGGCCGAGAUUUCGACAACGGCCGGUGGUACGGACUGCAGAGUUAGACGGAGGAUGCAUGCGCCUUUCCCGGGACCAUAAGUGAGUAUGAGUACUCUUAGCUCUUAAUUUUAAAAACGUCCCGCCGCGUCGUAUCGUUCAAAAUAUACGUUCGUCGUGUCUAUUUUUCUCUCUCUCUCUCCUACUUUCUCACGUGCUCAAAACACUCUCUUAUUCACCGUCUGUCUUCCACAUUCUUUUGAUUAAACACUCGACUCUUGUCUUCAUUAUCUAUUUACGUGUUCAACUUUUCGACGAGCUUUCAUACUUACUACUUUCAAUCAAUGGCUUCACAUUA